CUUCAGCAUGAUGGACAGCUGCAUUAUUACUGAGAUGGUUUUUGAAUUAGAAAAAUGCAUUAUUUUGUCUUACAGGGGUAAGUUUAACUGACUGUCUAACCUCAGUCCACAAACUGCUGCUGUUAAUAGAAAAUGUUGGACUUGAAAAAUUUUAAACCAGUCCUUUAAGGAAACAAUUCACCUGUGACUUGUAAAUGGAAAGAUUUAAACAACAGCAAGUUUUUCAGAUUUGGUCUUUCAUUCAUUCACACCUGCUCAUUCACUCCUUCAAAGCUGCAAACCGGAGAGCCUGAACUCACUCUGAUUUUAAUUUUUAAGGCUUAAAGCUGCAGUGUUUAUAAAAACAAACAAACAAAAAAACGUGUCGACUUGUUGGAAGGACGCAAUAAAUCAAACAAGUGCGUCCGUGUGCGCGCGUGUGCGCAUGCGAGGCGGUGCCACUAACUGUAAUUAUGUCGCUGAAAGCUCCUCCUCCGCCCAUUAAUCCCUCAUAUCCGCUAAUACCGCGCCAGACAUUUACCCACAAGUACCAGCUGCCGUCAGCCUACAUUUCAAAGUGCCGCUCUGUGUUUGGGACAGCCUGAGAGAGACUGACAAGGUUGUUUUCCGCGCUGUCACCUCUGUGUCCGUCCUGUUGUUGUUCAACUGAUAGACAUGGCCUCAUCCGAUGAUGCAGAGGGGUCUCUGACUCCUGUGGAUUUUAUCCAGCUGCAGCACUACAUGGAAUACAGCAGUUUGAGGGUGAAAGAUGUGAUUAAGGAGUUUCACACCGGGGGUCGGCUGGCCCAGCACAGCUUCGGAGAGUGUGUCGACGCUGUGGGUUUCUGUCUCUUUCUCAAGACCUACCUAGAGGUGGAUGACUUCCCUGCAGAUUUUUGCCAACGUCUUUUCCGCUAUUUCCAACACGUAGAGCAGGAUGGCUCCACAAAGAGCCCUCUGCCCAAAGGAGGUGGGGUCUUUCUUCGUGAUGUGUCCUGUUACUUCUCGGUGCUGGAGGACGGACAGCCACGGGAGAAGCUUGAAUUUACUUUCAAACUUUACGACAAAGAUUGUAACGGACUCCUGGACAGUUCAGAAGUGGAUCGUAUAAUCACCCAGAUGAUGCGAGCUGCAGAUUACCUGGGCUGGGACGUGACAGAACUCAGACCUGUGCUUCAGGACAUGAUGACAGCGAUCGAUGUGGACGACAGUGGCACCGUCACGUUGGAGGAGUGGUUGAAGGGAGGCAUGACCAAUGUGCCUUUACUUGUUCUGCUUGGACUGAAGAUGACAGAGAAGGACGGGCAGCAUAUUUGGAGGAUGAAGCAUUUCAACAAGCCAACCUACUGCAGUGUGUGUCAGAGCAUGCUGCUCGGACUCGGGAAGCAGGGACUCUGCUGCACCUGUUGCAAGUACACCGUCCACAGUCAGUGUGCCAACAAGAAUCCCGAACCCUGUGCUCCCACCUUUGUCAAAUCUAAAAAAGACAUGGGUAUAGCGGCUCACGACUGGGUCAGAGCUGACUGUAACUCCACAAAGUGUCAGGUCUGCCAUAAGAAGAUCAAAACUUUAGCAGGGAGGCGUUGUGUGUGGUGCCAGGAGAUGCGUCAUGAUGAGUGUAUUUUCUCUGGAAUAUCAACCUGUGAAUGUGGGCCGCUGAAAGAUCAUAUACUCCCUCCAUGGGCCAUAUACGCUGUCUCAAAGGAGGAGGACACCAGCCUGUUGAAUGUCACCCCUGAUGGCCACAUCCUGCAGAUUGUACCAAUUCCAGAUACCCACCCUCUGCUGGUGUUUGUCAAUCCAAAAAGUGGAGGAAAGCAGGGUGAAAGGGUGCUCAGGAAGUUUCAGUACCUGCUGAACCCUCGUCAAGUGUAUAACCUGUCUAAUGGAGGCCCAGCCCCGGGACUUCAUUUCUUCCAUAAUCUGCGUGAGUACAGGAUCUUGGUGUGUGGAGGGGACGGCACAGUCGGGUGGCUCCUGGAUGCUAUAGACAAAGCAGACCUCCAGGUGCAUCCUCCAGUGGCUGUCCUGCCUCUGGGCACAGGGAACGACUUGGCUCGCUGUCUACGCUGGGGAGGAGGAUAUGAGGGGUCUGAUUUGAGAGAGAUCCUGAAGGAGAUCGAAGGCAGUGAGUUGGUUCCCAUGGACCGCUGGAGCAUCCAGGUGAUACCGGACGAUCCUCAAGAAGUAGGAGACCCUGUUCCCUACGAGAUCAUCAACAACUACUUCUCCAUUGGAGUGGAUGCUUCUAUUGCUCAUCGUUUCCACUCCAUGAGAGAGAAACACCCACAGAGGUUCAACAGCAGAAUGAAGAACAAACUUUGGUAUUUUGAGUUCGCCACUUCUGAGACCAUCUCUGCCUCUUGCAAGAAGCUCAAGGAGUGUCUCACCAUUGAGUGCUGCGGGAGACACCUGGACCUGAGCAGUCUGUCUCUGGAGGGCAUCGCUGUCCUCAACAUACCCAGCAUACACGGAGGCUCCAACCUCUGGGGCGAAUCCAAGAAGCCUGACGGUGUGGCAGAGGCGGAGCAUAGUGAGGUCAUCACUGACCCUGAACUUCUCAAAACGAUCUCACAAGAUAUGAGCGAUAAACGUCUGGAGGUGGUGGGGCUGGAAGGAGCCAUGGAGAUGGGACAGAUCUACACUGGACUGAAGACUGGGCACAGACUGGCGCAGACCUCUAAAAUUACCAUCAGAACAGUCAAAGCCCUGCCCAUGCAAAUUGAUGGGGAGCCGUGGAUGCAACCUCCUUGUACUAUCCAUAUAACUCACAAGAACCAAGCUAACAUGCUAAUGGCUGCACCAACAAAACCGUCCGGCUUCUUUCACCUCAAGUAAGAGCACUGGUUUCACUGGUUUCACUACAGCAGUGAGACACGCCAUCCAGUCCACUGAGUGUCGCCCCACCAGCGUCGACUGGAAAAUGAUGCAGGAUGAGUAUUGAAAACAGAUCGUCCAUAGUUCCGUGUUUACCUGGUGUGUUGCUUGAAGUAUUAUUGUCUAUUAUUAUUAUUGUUUAUUUGCAAAUGAUCCCUGAUAUCUUAACUUAUUUCAGACAGAUUGCACUUUUCACAAGUGUGAAUUUCACCUGAUCACUGCUAUUGUGUGCCAAGUUAGUAAUAAUGCAGAGCAGAGCCUGGUGUGUAUUUACCGCAUAUGCAAACACAUAUUUACAUGUUUUAUGUUGUGUCGACUCUGUGGCUGAUCAAAUCUACAGUUGUGUCUUGGUAGUUUUAUUAUCUGUACUUCCUAAUGCAGCUAGUCAUGAACUGGUUUUGCUCGGCCUUCAGAAGCUCACAGCGACUCACCUUGUUAACCCUAAACCUACACUACCUGUCUGUUCUCGCACUGUCAGUGUCAAAAUUACAUAUAUAUAUAUUUCAGUGUUUUAACUGUUUCUUAAGUAGAUGUUGAAGACAUGAUGUGAGGAACACUUGAUUGAAUGUGACUGAAAAUAGUUUUAUAAUGAUUUGCUCUGCAGUUAUAACCUGAAAGUGCUGUGGACUGACCAAGUUUAGUAUUAAAAACAGCAUCCUAAUGUAUUUAAUACAUUAAGACUGACAGCAGUGAUGUUAGUUUACUCAGUGUGUGUUCUUGCUAGCCAUCUAUAUCUUUGGACCAUCUUUGCGCCAUUGACCAGGUUCUUAAAAACAGUCACAUUGAAACCUAUUGAAAUAUUACUGAACGAUGAUGAAAUAUUAAAAAAGGCAUGUUGUGACCAGAUAAAUGUUGGGGAAAUAAUUUGGUUUAAAACUUUGUUUCAGUGAUGUUCAUUACUGUGUGCUUGUAGGGUUUUUAUUUAGUCUUAAACUUUGAGGAGUCUUGUGUUGGAUUUUCAAUGUACUUGUAUACCAGUGAGGCUUUUUCAUCUUAACUCUUAUUAUUAAUAUUUUCUUUCUGUUGUUGUUCUAUGUUAUUAAUACUGUAACACUGAGUUUCAAUAUGAAUGCAAA